CCGCAUCCGACUUAUACGCAUGCGCCCGAAUCUUGUGGUGCGUACACACUCAUCUUCCGAUUCAUAUUCCGCUCUCAGUUCGAAUGUUUCCGACCGGCUUCUAUCGCGGAUUGUCACUCAGCGGAUGAUUUUUCUGUUUAAUUCACGAGCUUUGACUUGAUGAGUUUUUUUUUAUAUCUAAUGAUCUAUUUAUAUACUUUUUUUUUUUAUUUUAUGAAUAAAUAAAUAAAAAGUAUCACUUUGUUAGUUACUUCCAUCUUUCAUUCAAUUGUUUACAUUACAUAGUUUUAUAAAUGAAAAAUAAUUCCAUUAAAAAACUAUCGCAACUAUAAAAUUUUCUGAAAAAUGAUGCAAAUAAUCGUCUGCUGUAAGAUAUGAUUUGUAAAAUUUCUCAAGGAAGAAUUCGUCUGCUUUUAUUGAAAAUCGUUUGAUUCAAAAAUUUUAUUUUAACACGUUUUACAGUAUAUUUAUGAGGAUAUAUAUCUUUUUAUCAACCUAUUUAUUUAUUGCAUGAAAAAUGACCUGAUAAAAAUCAGUAUUCCGUUAUGAAUGAAAGCUCAGAAAACUUUUUUUUACUUCGAUAUCAAUAAAGUAAUUCUUUCAAGUCAAUAAACAUUGACAGUGAUGAAAGAAUAAUUGGAUUUCGUUGAUGAAAUUUCAAGUAUGUGAUACUUUGUGCAUGUGAAAUUAUGACUAAACUGGUAUGACCUAAUUAAACAUUGGAUUAUUAUGGAAUCUCGGUGGAGCCUUAAAAGAUUUUUUCGAUCAACAUACAAUACACGCCAUGAAACAAAGAUAUCGUCUUGGCUACCCCCUGUGGAAUCCUGGGAUUCAGGUGGAGCUGGUCUCCCGUACGGCUGGGAGCAAGCAUUGGACAAAGAGGGGAAAACUUACUAUAUUAAUCACACAAAUAAGACGACGACUUACGAGAAUCCUCGUAAGGAAACUGAUGACGAGCCUCCACAGCCAAGGGAAGUCGAAUUGAUUCGUGAUCCUCAGAUGGGAUUUGGAUUUGUCGCUGGAAGUGAAAAACCAGUUAUCGUUCGAUUCGUCACUGAAGGGGGUCCUAAUGAACAUAAAUUGAUGCCCGGUGAUCAGAUAAUGAAAAUAAACGGUGAAGAUGUCCUGCGUUCUCCAAGAGAGCAUGUAAUUGAACUUAUUAGAUCCUGUAAACAAACAGUUACGCUUUUAGUAUGUCAACCUCACACAAAUAAUACAACAAGGAAGUCGGCCUUGCUCACAGCUGCAAAAAAGGCCAAACUGAAAAAUAAUCCAAAUCGAGUACGAUUUUCGGAAGGUGUUGUCAUUAAUGGAUCCCCUCUAUAUUCUCCAUCUCCAAAUGACUCAUAUGUUCCUUUCCUGCCAAAUGUGCUAAAAGUAUUUUUAGAAAAUGGUCAAACAAAAUCAUUCAAGUACGACAGUACUACAACAAUACAGGAUGUACUGAAAUCUCUGCAAGAAAAACUCUCCAUCAGUUGUGUCGACCAUUUUAGUUUAGCUACUGAGCAUGUUAAGAUCACUCGCCGGAAUAGGUUGACAAUUUUGGAUCCUAAAGACACACUCGCGAAGAUUGCAGCCAAACCCGGAGCACAUCACUUACGCUGUGUAUUCCGAGUUACUUUUGUUCCUAGAGAUGCGUAUGAUUUAUUACAGAAGGAUGCAGUAGCUUUUGAGUAUCUUUAUUUGCAGUGUUGCAAUGAUGUCGUGGAAGAAAGAUUUACUCCAGAACUGAAGUACGACAUCGCUUUGCGUCUCACUGCUCUCAAUAUUCAACAACAUUGCCUUAGUAAUGGAAUGCAGGGAAAAAUUACAGUUAAAAAUGUCGAGAGGGAAUGUGGAAUCGACAGGUUUGUCCCCGUUUCUUUGCUAGAAACAAUGAAACGAAAAGAGUUGAGGAAACUGCUUGGCCAUUUCUUAAAGCAGAAUCAGGCAUUGUGUGCACCAGGUCAGAAACGUAUGACAGCGCUACAAGCGAAACUACAUUACCUGAAAAUCAUUAGUGAACUACCUAGCUAUGGAUCUAAGUGCUUCUCUACUAAUUUAAGUGACAAUAAUCCAGAAAUAACCCUUUUGCUUAGCCCCAGAUUUGGUAUCAGUCAAAUCGGAAACAUACGGAAUACAUGUCCUAUUACACUUAGCCGAAUAGAAGAUAUAACUGAAGCAAGAAUAAAGAAAGAGGAUGAAAUCUCAUGUCUUGUUGAACUAACAACAAAAGAUGCUGACAGACAGAAGCUAGCAUUUAGUAUGGAGGAAAAAGAUGCAGAAGAAUUUAUAUUGUUGUUAAAAGGGUAUUAUCGCCUUUUUAUCUGUAAAGAAUUGCUUAUAGAAUAUGACAAGUCAAAUUUUUCUCAAGUCGAAACAGUUCCUAGUUUCCAUAAUAGGCAUGUGGUACACGAAGCUCCAUGGAGUUACCCACCCCGUCCAAAUACGCCUGGGUUGAGAACUCUUGAUUUAGCAAUACCACCACCUAUUUAUAUCCCAUGUGAGACCUUAACUCUGUGUAGGCAAUCACCAAAGCAAAAGCAAGCCAAAUCUGUGAUAUUAUCACCUUCAUCUGUUGAUCACAACAUGAAUGAAACAUUAUCCCAGCAACAAGAACAGCAAGAGUACAAAAGCAAAGAUCUGGCUGAAGAGGACCUCAGAAGAAAUUCACCCUAUCGUACAAUUAUCGAUGAACGUCACCCAGGGAUAGAUUAUCAGACCGUUAUAUCAAUGGAGCUUCUGGAAGACAGUUCUGGAGACGUCGAUGUCGACAUCUAUGAAGCAAAGAACGACGAAGUGAUCAAGCGGGUGUCAGAAAUGAAUCAAAUCAUCAGCAACGUCGAGUCGUAUCUCUCCAUUGAACAUAACCCAGAAGAGCAUGCUAACCUGAAAGCUGCUGAUUCGUUGCUACUUCUAGCGCAAUCAGACAAUACGAGUAAAAUUGAAGAUAUAAAAUCCAUCAUACCUGAGGGUGAAAUCUCUCCUUCCGAAAGUGAUACUGAUAGCACUCCAAAUGAAAGUCCCUUACAUCGCUCGACGCCACUCAGAAGCUCUAUAAACGGUGCCCACUCAAAGAUGCGAAGAGAUUCCAGCUUUGGACUGCAUAGUCCAGAUUUAUUACCAAAUUUAAGCUCCGGCAACAACAUAUUGGAUAUAUUAAAACAGUUACAAAUGGAAGAGAAUAUACCAAUCGCGGAAGAAGUUAUUUGCUUAGAUCCGGAUAUCAUAGAUUUGACGAUGAUUCCACCUCCUAUUACACCGGAUAUGGAAACAAGAACAAUUGCUGGAUCUUCACCUAAUGCACCUCCAGCAGAUUUCUUGGACUCCAAGGUCUUCCAAACAGAAUUCGCAAAAUGCAAUGUUGGUACAAGAUCUAGCACAAAUGAAGACACUUCUAAAGGAGAAAUUCAAAGACACACUGGUCAAAGUAGUUCAACGAGUCCAGCCUUAAAUCACAGUUAUCCUCCAGUAGAUCCAGAAACUAUGGACAAAACCAUUUCUAAAUUAGAUAGCAUUGAUUCCUUUAUUGCCAAUUUAACAAUACCUCCACCUCCAAAGGAAACGGAAGAAGGAUAUGUAUCCAACGAGGAUAUAUCAGCCUACAUCAUCCCACCUCCUCCAAGUUCCAGCCCAAGCACUGAAGCUCAAAAUGAAGUAAUAGCACGCUUUAUGGCAGCAGCAGACGAUAUCAAAAGAAUGUUCCAGACUGAAGAAACAGAAAGUAGUUUUAAAGAGCUGCAACAGUUUUGGUCUGAAAUAAAGUCUUCUGACAGGAGAAGUCAAUUUCUCCUUGAUUUUGACAACCUGAGCUCCAAUACUGACUCUGGCUCACACAGUGGUGACUCCUCAGGGUAUGAUACUCUUACGUCCUCUUUAACUUCAUACAGUGAUACCAUAGUCAGUGACGACUUGGAUGGAUUAUGGAACAGUCCAUCAAGUAGUGAUUCAACACCAGUCUUUGAAAGACCAUCAGAUGUUAUUGGUAGAAGUAAUAAAAUGGGACCGGAUGGACUUCCUGUUCCGCCCACACUUAAAACAUCUUGUGUAGAUGAUGUAACUUCACCGUUGUCCAUCACUUCUCCGUCUUCAACUACAAGUUCAGACAGCUCAGUCAUUUUACUCGACAUGCCGGGAACUGAAAAUAAUGAUGUUUCUAAUUUGACGUCUCUUGAAUUACCCAAUUUACAAAAUCCAUCCUUCACUGGUAGUUGUGAUGAUUUGUGGAAUAAUGGUCUUAACUCUGAGCCUUCAAAUAUUGUUCGAUCAAUUUCUUUCACAAGUAUUGCAGACUUGGGUAAUGGUAUAAAGGAUGAACCGAAAAAUGAUGAAUUGAGUGAAAAUCACUUACAUCCUUCCAGAAGUAAUUUUCAAAUGAAUCGACUACGUAGAUCUUUUAAUCGAGGUCCAUUGAAAAAUGCUGUUUUACCGAAACCUUCCAAUCUACAACCAGAUCACACAAGCGAAGUCGGAAAAAGGGACAGCGGCUAUAAUGGGGAUUGCUCUAAUCCAGGUAACCACAUUAAUGGCUUCACGAAUGCUUUCAUAUUGCCAAAGGCUGACAAGCAAAGACCUGAUUUGCAAAGCACAAAGGAUCCAAGAGUUUCAAACGGUUGCAUUCCAAAUAGCAAACAAAUGAAUGGACUUAGUGACAGAAAUGUGAUAUCGGGCAGCCAAUCCUGUGGGCCAUUCCAGCAAGCACAAAAGGACAUUUCUGCGAUGGUCAUGCAUUUGAAAAAGAUCAAUUUAAGCGCUUCCAAACUCAAUGAGGUAGCCAUCGAUCGUGAAAAAUUCACUAUCGCAAAAGACGCGUUGGUGAACGAGUCACGUCAAUUUGUGACUUCAUCGAAACUGUUUGUUAAAAGUGCCAUGGAAUCAUCUGAAAAAAUGAUCGAAAACAUGGCUAUUUGUGUCGCCCUGCUGAAUCGUAUGACGGCGAUUGGGGAAUUAGUCGUUAUACGAAGCUCGCCAGGAGAACCUGUUCAGUAUCUUGUAGAGAAACUCAAAGAAGUGGCCGUAUCCUAUUUUUAUACAGUUGAAGCUGCCCAACAUGCGAUAGGUACGAAAAUAGAUGAUCCGAAAAUGAGUGUUUUAAUGCAACGUGCGACGACCUUGGCGACCGCUCUUACGCAGCUCAUGCGAACGCUGAGAGCCAUAUCCCUGCUUUAGAACAGAAAUCUUUAAAAGAAAUUGUGAUAUUGAAUAUAGCGUGGAACACAACGUAAAAAGCAUCCAAUGCCAAUGUGCCAUUGUUUAAUUGCACCUAAAUGCAACUGCUGUGAGAGUAUGUCAGUGAGAAGACAAUCUUUUGUUACUUCUAACAAAGAAAAGUCCAGAAACACAUCUCUUUCAAUUUCAAAAAUAAGUACACAUGUUAAAAGAAAUAAUUUAAAAAAUGGAUGAAAAUGAAUUGUAUUGAAUAUAAUUUCAAGUUGAAUGAUCUAAACAAGUAAAAAUUGAGGCAAAAAUAUCUAAGACGGAUUAUAUUUUUACUUAUCCAUGUAUAUAUACAAAGAUAUAUUUGCGUAAAAAUGGAAAUGUACAUAUAAAAAAUUCAUUAAUAAAGUAUUUGUAAAAAGAA